UAUUUGCUAUUCACUUUUUCUGUUCCUAUCAAGUGUUGCAUUGUGGUUAAAUUUGUGUUAUUGCCUUUUAAUCAAGAUUCAUUUAAAUGUGCAAAUUCUGAAAAUCUCCAAGUUGCUACUUAAUACACUUAAUACAUUUAAAACAUUUUUGCCUAUAGGUCUAAACUACAAGAUUAGCAGUAGGGCUGUAGCUGACUAAAGACAUGUCCUACUGAUUAAAAACAGGGUGUGGCAAAAGCUUUCAAUACUGCAUAGACAUACGUCUAUGCAUCUGACUCUAAAUUGCACUCACAUACAAGACUACAACAUUUAAAAGCUACUGAAAAAUGCAGAAAAAAGCACUAGGAAACAAUGCAUGUAUAUAAAGACAAAUAAAGCUUCUGAUUCAUGAGUUUAAUCUGCUUUUUUUGCACAUAAAUAUAAAAAAAUGCAAAUCUUCAGCUAAAUCACUCAACCACUAACCUCUCUUUUCUGCUGCUGUCCCUUAUAAAUCCUCAAAUAAUCUAAAUACAACGAUUAUACCUCCGAUUAAUCAGCUAAACAACUAAAGGCCUAUAGUUAGCCUACCAGGAUUUGGCCUAACUACGUUGUUACAUGCCAUCCCAAAACUUCAAAUUGGGAUUUCAGUCUUGCAAUGAAAUACACAUAUUCUUGUCUUCCCCACAGCGUUCUUAUGUUCCCUGUGGCUCUCCAGGCUGAGCACUGUCCCUCUCAGAGCUGUAAUUGUGGGAGAUUUUUCAGUGAGUGUGGUGCUCCUGUGGUGGAACUGCGUCAGCACAAGCUAAUAAAAUAUGGAAACUGAGUCCAGGUGAUAAGAAGGACGACAUCUUCAAAUGAACCAGGAAAAUAGAUGAACAUCUGCAAUGCCACAUGGAAAGGCUGCGAGGUGCACCCUGCUCCUGCUCCUCUCCACCCUCCUCUCCCCCUCCACCCUGGCUCGCUCUUACCCUCGAUUCUCCCGAAAUGACACCAUCUUCCAGCACCUGGCCCUCCACCCGGACCCCUCUGUGGGCACCGUGUAUGUGGGGGCCCGGGACCACCUCUUCCAGCUGGACGGGCUAGGCGGACUACGGCUGGAGCAGGAAGAGACCACUGGCCCUGUUAGCGAUGGUAAAGACUGCUUCCCACCUAUCACCGAGACUAACUGCCAUAACGCCCGCUUAACCAGCAAUUACAACAAAUUGCUGCUUCUGGACCCGUACGCACAAGAACUGAUCACAUGUGGAAGUGUUCACCAGGGUACAUGCCAAAAGAGAAGCCUUGCCUCCAUCAAAAAAGUGAUAUUUUCCACUGAACGGCCGGUAGACACGCAACAUGUAGCCGCUAAUGAUCAGAACGUGUCCACAGUGGGGUUGGUUGUCCGGCCUCAUGUUGGGAGUGGGACUGUGAUGUAUGUGGGGCGGGGCUACACAGCCAAUCACCCGCCCAUCUCCACCCGCCACCUGUCCUUGGACCCGGUGUUCUCCUACGAAGAGACGGCGAAAUUGGCGGUAGCGGGGCGGCUGGCAGAGUACGACCACCAUUUUGUGACUGCGUUUACGCGGCGCAGCUACGUGUACUUCCUAUUUUAUCGGCGGGAUUUAAAGGGGGAGACGUCGAGGGAGUACCGGACCUAUGCCGCCAGAGUUUGUCUUGAUGAUACUUCCUACUACUCCUAUGUGGAAGUGCCUUUGGUUUGUAAUUUGUCGUCGUCACCUGCCUCCAAUAAGAACUACAACCUCCUCCAAGCUGCACAGGUGGGUCGUGGGACGGGCAGGCAGGGUGAGCACUUGUUGGGGGUGUUCUCCUCUCGUCUGAGCGCCUCCUCCUCCAGCUCCUCGGACCCUUCUGCUCUGUGCGUGUACCCUCUGGAUGAGCUGGACCGCCACAUCGACACCACACGAGACCUGUGCUACACCCAGGACGGGCGCGUGGCCGGGGAGCAGACCCCGAUGGCCUACAUUGAGUACGAGGUCAAGUCCAGCUGUGCCAACCUGCCCGUGAACACCCUGACGGCGUACCCAUGCGGCUCUGACCACACCCCCAGCCCCAUGGCGAGCCGCUCUCCUGUGGAGGCGCGGGCGGCGUGGACCACCUCCGCCUCACGUCUCACUGCGGUGGCGGUCAGUGUCAGAGAAGGACACAGCAUCGCCUUCCUGGGAGACGCCCGAGGAGCACUGCACAAGGUGUAUCUGGGACAGCAUGGCGAAGUGAAGGUCUACGCGAAAACUGUGAUCCAAGAUAAUUCUCCCAUCAACAGUGAUCUUCUUUUGGAUCACAGUGGAGGACACAUCUACAUCAUGACUCAAAAUGCUGUCGAGAAGCGCCCAGUGGCUGAAUGCGGAGAGCACACAGACUGUCAGUCUUGUCUGUCGACCAGAGACCCGUACUGCGGCUGGUGUGUGCUGGAGGGCCGGUGUGGCCAGCGCUGGGAGUGUGGACGUGGAUCUGUGCACGGUCACUGGCUCUGGAGCUUCAACCAAACCCAACAGUGUCUCAGUAUUCAGCAGCUCAGCCUCUACAACAUCAGCCGAGGAGAGAAGACUGAGAUUACAGUGUCAGUUGAAGGCCUCCCCAGUCUCACCAAGGAAGAAGCGUAUUCCUGCUUUUUCCAUAACUCUGAAUCUCCGGCUGUCCUCACCAACAGUGGAGUGGUGUGUCCUACUCCGGACGGGGACAAGUUACCUCCUAUCCGGCACGGAGAUGACUAUGUGAUGGUCACCCUCUCCCUGCGCUUUCUAAAUGUGACUGUGGCAGAGACAGAGUUCACCUUCUAUAACUGCAGUCUGGUUCAGCAGCUAUCAAGACGCAGGCCGUGCCAGGGGUGUGUGAGCAGUCGCUGGGGCUGUAACUGGUGCAUCCAACAGCACCUCUGCACCCACCAGACCUCCUGUGGACAGGGCAUCAUGAUCUACAACCAACACUUCAAUCCGCCCACACCAACCAUGCCACCUCUUACCAGUACACCAACAACACUGCCUACGACUACUACAACUACCACAACUUCUACUACAACUACAACUACUACUGCUGCUACUACAGUUUUAAUGACCACUACUACAUCAACAGUACCGCCUCCAGUUACUACGCAAACAAUGGAAGCUACAACCAUUGUGACCACAGUUCCCAUGACAACACAAAACUCCAACUUAACUUUUAUCACCGCUAAUGAAACCUUUACGACCCAAGAAACAAUAACAUUUACGGCUACUCUCGCAAAUAAGGAGGAGGAAGGCCAAGAAACCACAGCUGCGCCAUUUGAAACAGAGGAAACUGUGGUGAAUGCAACCAUUGGGACUACGUUACCCAGCAGCACUAGCGGUCACGAAGAAUUAAAGUUGCUAGAAACUAUGGGGUCUUCUUCAUCUGGUAUUAACCCCACUACAUCUUCAGAAAUAAUCAUUCUGCCAGAUUUUACAACCAUGGCGGAUAGACAAGUAGAAGGUGUGGAGGUGUUGGAAGGGACAGAGGCCUGGGUAAAAGAGUGGGACAAGAGUGGAGAAGAGGAAGAGAAGGAUGCGCUCAUCUUUACAGUGUCAGAAGCUCCAAUGGAAGAAGUUUAUGAACCACCUCUUGACAGUGAAGCCAUAUCAGACAUGCCAGUGGGUUACCAUGCAGAUUCUACUGAUGAGACAUACCUGCGGGAGUGUCCGUGUGUGGAUAAGGUCCAGGACUCCUCUUUUUUGCCCGUGAACGUGGAGAGGAAAAUCACUCUGGUGGGACAGCACCUGCACUUGUUUCAGGAUGAGAGUUUGCAGUACGAGUGUGUGUUGGAUGUGGAGAAUCGCUCGGUGGUGGUGGAGGCGUCUGUGGAACAGGACCAGAACCAGCCCUCUGUGUUUUUCAUCACCUGUCACCCCCACCAGUAUGACUAUUCAUCCCUGACGGAGGAGUAUCAGGCGACUAUCAACGUGAGACGCAAGAACCACUUCCUUAUCGACAGUUUUGAGAAUUUGCAUGUGACUCUGUUUAACUGCUCGGUGGGCCGGUCAGACUGCAGCCGCUGUCGGACCGCUGACCAUAAGUACAGCUGCGUGUGGUGUGGGGGAGCGGUCCAGUCCAGAUGUGUGUACAGAGACUCCUGUUCGGACGAGGUCAAGCACUCCUGCCCAGCACCUGUCAUUCACUUUGUGGACCCAGUGUCUGGCCCGGUGGAGGGGGGCACAGUGGUGACCAUCUCUGGCUCUAACCUGGGGCAGAGAGCGGAGGACAUCGAGAGCUCUGUGACUGUGGCUGGAGUCACCUGCCACGUCAUCCACAGCAGAUACGAGGUGUCCUCCAGGAUUGUGUGUGAGACUUCGAGUAGCGGAGGAGAGAGAAGUGGCCAUGCUUCUGUGAGAGUGAGAGGAGGAGGAUUAGGCCUGUCGCCACAAAUCUUCAGCUUCCAGGACCCAGUGUUAAACAGCAUAUUCCCGCAUAGAGGACCUAAAGCCGGGGGUUCGUCUGUGACCAUCAGGGGCCGGCGUCUGCGGACAGGGCAUCCCAGUGAAGCCAGCGUUCUGAUUGGAGGAGUGCCCUGUCUGGUGUUGAAAAUCCUGGAUGAUGAGAUCCAGUGUGUGACCCGGGGCAGUAACAGAACAGGGGAACACAGCAUCACCGUGAGAUUUGGAAGUGCGGAGCGCCAUCUGCAGGGCCUGGUCUAUCAUUACACCCCCAACCCCAACAUCACCAGUGCAGCCCCGUCCAAAAGCUUCUUCAGUGGUGGCAGGAUUAUCAGAGUGUCUGGUCAGAAUCUGGAUGUGGUCCAGGAGCCUAAAAUCCGUGUGACUCUGAGCCCCCUGGAUACUCUCCCCCCGAGGAGGAGACGGAACGUGGUGCGAAAGAAAGACCGGAAACACCUCCAUAAGAACUCCCUGAAAAGGUGGAGGAGGAUCGUCCCAGAGGCAGACUGUCCCGAGGGCGCCCUCUGUCAGGUCAAACAGUACGAGGCUCGCUGUACAGUCAACAGCUCGACCCUCAUCUUGUGUCCCACCCCAGAAGUGGGACCAGAAGCCAGAAGAGCAAAGGUUAAAGUUCACUUCCUGCUGGACAGCCUCCAUUUCGACUUCAGUGCUGUGGGGAAUGAGGCCUUCAGCUAUGAGCCCAACCCCAGACUCUAUCCUCUGAACCACAACAACCCCAACAAACCCUUCCACCACAAACCAGGCAGCAUCAUCUCUGUGGAGGGAGAAAACCUGGACCUGGCCAUCUUCAAACACGAGGUGGAGGCACGUAUAGGAGGGGGGGUCUGUGCCGUGAAGACUCUGACACACAAUCACCUGUACUGUGAGCCCCCGGCGCAUCUGCCCUCUGUGUCCUCUGGAAAGAAGCAAGACCUGGAGAGCCUGCCUGAAUUUACAGUGAGAAUGGGGAACCUAAACUUUUCCCUGGGCAGAGUGCAGUAUGACAGUCAGGCCCAGUCCACGUUCCCCCUGGAGGCUCAGGUGGGGGUCGGAGUAGGAGCUUCAAUUGUCGCUCUCAUCGUGCUCAUCAUAGUGCUCAUAUACAGGAGGAAGAGUAAACAAGCAAUGAGAGACUACAAGAAAGUGCAGAUCCAGCUGGAGAAUCUGGAGACUAGCGUGAGAGACCGCUGCAAGAAAGAAUUCACAGACCUGAUGACUGAGAUGAUGGACAUGUCUAGUGACCUGGUGGGCUCUGGUAUCCCCUUCCUGGAUUACAGAGCUUAUGCAGAGCGUAUUUUCUUCCCCGGCCACCAGGAGUCGCCUCUGAGACGAGACCUGGAUGUUCCUGAAAGCCGCAGACAGACCGUGGAGCAGGGUCUGGUCCAGCUCUCCAAUCUACUCAACAGUAAACUCUUCCUCACUAAGUUUAUCCACACGUUGGAGGUACAGAGGACCUUUUCACCCCGGGACAGGGCUUAUGUGGCGUCUCUUCUCACUGUUGCUCUGCACGGUAAACUGGAAUACUUCACCGACAUCCUCAAAACACUACUCAAUGAUCUGGUGGAGCAGUACGUGGCCAAGAACCCCAAACUCAUGUUGCGGAGGACUGAAUCAGUGGUUGAAAAGCUGUUAACAAACUGGAUGUCAAUAUGUCUGUAUACUUUUUUGAGGGAGUCUGCGGGGGAGUCCUUCUACAUGCUGUUCAGAGCCAUCAAACACCAGGUGGACAAGGGCCCCGUGGACGCUGUGACAGGGAAGGCCAAAUACACACUAAAUGACAACCGUCUGCUGAGAGAGGACGUGGAGUACCGCACUCUGACCCUGAAUGUAGUGGUGCCAGCGCCAGCAGGUGGAGGAGCUGCGCCUCAGACAGUACCAGCCAAAGUGCUGGACUGUGACACCAUCACCCAGGUGAAAGAGAAGCUCCUGGAGCAGACCUGGAAGGGAACCUCCUUCUCUCAAAGACCACAUGUCGACUCUGUGCUCCUGGAAUGGCGUGCAGGAGUGGCCGGUCACCUGAUCCUUUCAGACGAGGAUUUGACCUCUGUGGUCCAGGGCUCAUGGAAACGUCUCAAUACAUUACAGCACUACAAGGUUCCUGAUGGAGCAACAGUGGCUCUUGUUCCCAGAAAUGUCAAACACCACCUCCAUGACAGCCACGACUACAUGCCUGGAGAGAAGACCCCAAUGCUGGACGAUGGGGAGGAGGGCGGAGUGAGACUGUGGCACUUGGUGAAAGCCAGUGAGGACUCUGAACUGCCCAAACACCGCAGAGGCAGUCUGAGGGAGAGAGGAGGGGAACGGGCCAAGGCCAUCCCCGAGAUCUACCUCACCAGGCUGCUCUCCAUGAAGGGCACACUGCAGAAGUUUGUGGAUGACUUGUUCACGGCCAUCCUGAGCACCAGUCGCCCCGUGCCUCUAGCCGUGAAGUAUUUCUUUGACCUGUUGGACGAGCAGGCUCAACAGCACAACAUCAGUGACCCCGAGACCAUCCACAUCUGGAAAACCAACAGUUUGCCGCUGCGGUUUUGGAUCAACAUCCUGAAAAACCCCCAGUUCAUCUUUGACGUUCAGACUUCAGACCAUGUGGACGCUGUGCUGUCGGUCAUCGCACAGACCUUCAUGGACUCCUGCACCAUCGCUGACCACAAACUGGGAAGGGACUCUCCCAUCAACAAGUUGCUGUACGCCAGAGACAUCCCUCGCUACAAGCAGAUGGUGGAGAGGUACUACGCCGACAUCAGACAGACCAUCUCAGCCAGUGACCAGGAGAUGAACUCUGCUCUGGCUGAACUUUCACGGAAUUAUGCGGCGGAGGUCAACUGUCUGGUGGCUUUGAAUGAACUGUACAAGUAUAUAAACAAAUACUAUGACCAGAUCAUCACAGCACUGGAAGAGGACUCCACAGCUCAGAAGAUGCAGCUUGGAUACAGGCUCCAGCAGAUCGCAGCUGCUGUGGAAAACAAAGUGACUGACCUAUGACCCUAAAACAUGCACCUUUACUUUACCUUUGAACUCUGGAAUUUCCCUACAACUAUUGACACUGGGAGGAAAUCAUCUCGGACAGGUUGGCUUAACUUCAGCACUGAGUUUUGGAGAAAGGGAACCACACUUUUUCUGUGACAAACUGAACAUUCCUGCACCAUUGAUACACAUAUUUGUUUGGUUCAAAUGGUGAAAAAGGGAAAAAAAAAAAAACAUUCUUGGUGUUCACAUUUUGAGUCUUACAUGGAUUUAAACAACUUUUGGUCUUCUAUCUUCACCCUUCUGAGUCUUAACAUGUGUGCUGCUUCGGACAGUUAGUUUGUAAGGAAAAGUUUCACAUCGUCAACUCAUUUCACUGCUGAACUUUUAAUAUUUCCAUCUGGUCUACUUUUGUGAACUUUUACGUUUUUGCUACGCUUAACCGUCCUGGAUAAUUCUUUAAAGGGGCACUGUGAAUUUUACCAACAGAUAAGAUAAUCACAAACACUGGCAAAUUGUUACUGUUAUAAGCUCAUUGGUGGUAAAAAUGAAUGUUUAAAAAUAUACAAUAAUAAUGUUCCUGUUAUUGGGUUGGUAUGCUACAAGUUCCUAAUGGUAUUUUGAGGUUUGGUUAAAGGGGCGCUAUGCAACUUUUCUGACGUAUGUAUGCAUAUAUGUUAUUUCUUUGUCUAGGAUGUUCCACAGUAUGGUAAAUGGUAAACGGUUACUUUUUUAUACAGUUCUUUUUCCACCUUGCCCAGGGACGCACUACCAACCCAUAGGCCAGUGGAUCUAACUGCUCUACCAAUGAUGUUAACCUUGAGAGUAGUGGACAAACCCUCAGUGUGGUGUUAGGUUGACUAAAAUGCAUUUAUUCAUUUUUUUCAAUUACCAAUGUUUUUAUUGCUCAAAAAUAUUUUGAAAACUUGCAUUUUUACAAUACAUCGUCUCCCAAAUCUGACUUGUAACCUGGUUUAGUGGCGUCACAUUCUCGCAUGUCCUUGAGAUAGAUAACUUUAAGUCCAUACUGUGGAAUAUUCCAAGCAUAGCAAUGCAAUCUCCAUGGAGACAAGCAGGUGGUGGGCCCUUUGCCAGUAAAGUGACAUAGUGUACCGUUAAGUGUGUAUGGUAUAAUGAAGUCAAAUGUGUAAAAUCCCUCAGUCGUCCAGGUAGAAUCCAUGGCAAAAGGAGAAAUUCAACUUGUCAACUGGACAAAAGUUUAGUUGGUCGAAUAAGUUUCGCAGCUCAUCCGAGCUGCUUUUUCAGUUCUGGUCAAAAUGCUGGUGGACACGUAAGGAGCAGCUUGGAUGAGCUGUGAAACAUAUUUGACCAAAUAAACUUUUGCCCAGUUGACAAAUUGAAUUCUCCUUUUGCCAUUAAAGUCAAAUCAUCACAAGAGAUUCGUUGCAUUGGAAACAAAGUUUGCUCGCUGGUUUUCUGUUCAAUAUUAUUUAGUCUGGUGAUUGUGGCUUUGAAUUUUGUAUGAAAUAGGUGCGUAAAAUGUAACUAUGGACUUUUACUGGAAAACCAAAUGCACAGACCAAGAGCAGGAGUGGUUCUGUUGUUCUAAACUAGUGGUAGCACAUACAAUGAGAAAAAUAGCAAUUGUUGUUUUCGAGAUAAGCUAAUUUAGAAUAUCAUGCAUAUUGUCUACAAUGAGCAGUAUAAAAUUACUUUAACAAAGACAAACAUCUACUUUACUGUAAUCUUCCAAACAAGGGUAUAAAGUGGUAUUUUUAUGGUUCAUUCAAGUUUUAUGCAACACUUGAACCUCAACCUCAAGACAUUUAUAGACACAUUUUAGCACAAACCUGAUGCGUAAUUAAAAUGUCAUCUGAAUUGUUAUCAUCAUAAUGCAAAAAAUAAUCAAAUAUGCUUUUUUGACAAUAUUCCCUAUUCACUUUGCUUUCCAAAUGAUCUCCUCUGUUAAAUUUUUACAGAUAUCUUUGAAUAUACUCGUUGUACUGUUGCCAUACCAACCCAACACAAAAUUACCCAUAUCUACCAGAUCAAAAAAUGUAAACAAAUGACAAAACUUUAGCCCUGUCAAAUUGAAUGCACUGAAGUUCUGACCCAUGUGAACAGUGUUACAGCUUCUCCUGAUGUCUCCAACCUGACGAACAUCAGACAGAAGUCUCCAAAGAAGCGCUGUGUCAAAAUCGUGUGUUAUUUUUCUGAUUUAACUUAUUGUUUAUUUAUUUCAUUCGUUGUUGUUUAGGCUUUUCAGAAGUAGAUGCGAUACGUGGCUAUAUUUUUGUCCUCAAUCAUCAUUUUGUAAAAGAAGAAACAUUUUUUCGAGCUUUUUAGUGUUUCGUGUGAACGUUCGCUGUGCACAGAUUAACACAUGAUGCUUGAAUCCUGGUACUAUUCAAAUGUCUGCCUUUAUUUUUUGUAUCUAUUUUUCCAGUAUACUUUGUAAUGUGCAAACUUACUUGUUUAAAAAAAAAAAAGGUUAAUUCCUAUAAUCUUUGCCAUGAAAAGUAGAAUUGCUGGAGGCUAACAUCACUGUGGUUCAUGUAGAUACAAAACAAACUGACGUAGCCUUUCUAACAAACUAUCCUAACAACAACUUCAUAUGGCGCAAUAAACUUGUCUCGGUGGAUUUGUGUUUUUGACCUUUUCUUCGAG